CCAUUCCAGAACAGAAACUAGCAACAUUAAGCAGUUUCCCUUUAAGAGCCAUGUAAACAAAGAGCGGGUUUGCUUAUAUGAGAGGUAUUUUAUUUUGCACUUUUUAUUCUGUGAAGUUGCACGGGGUUCUAAAGGGGGUUCCAACGAUUGCGCGAGCGUAAAUGCUUUCUGAAUGUGAAAAUCUGCGCUCAUUCACUUUGUCAGGGGGAGUGAGAUAGUUCAAUGGGAGUGAGAGAGGAGCAUGAAUGGAGCAAAAUGGCGGAUCAUGUGCAGAGCCUAGCCCAGCUAGAGAUCCUGUGUAAGCAGCUGUACGAGACAACAGAGACUGGGGUGAGGUUGCAGGCAGAGAAAGCUCUGGUGGAGUUCACUAACAGCCCCGACUGUCUCAGCAAGUGUCAGCUACUACUGGAGAGAGGCAGCUCUUCCUACUCUCAACUUCUUGCAGCUACCUGUCUGUCUAAACUGGUUUCGCGCACCAGCAACCCUCUUCCCUUGGAGCAGCGCAUCGACAUCCGGAACUAUGUUCUGAAUUAUCUGGCGACGCGGCCGAAGUUGGCAGAGUUUGUUACCCAGGCUCUGAUCCAGCUGUACUCCAGGAUUACGAAGCUUGGCUGGUUCGACUGUCAGAAAGACGACUAUGUCUUCAGAAACGUCAUCGCAGAUGUCACACGCUUCCUACAGCAGGACAGUGUAGAACAUUGCAUCAUAGGAGUCACCAUCCUAUCCCAACUGACCAAUGAGAUCAACCAGGCAGAUACCAGCCAUCCUCUGACCAAACACAGGAAGAUUGCAUCAUCGUUCAGAGACUCGUCCCUCUUCGACAUAUUCACCCUGUCCUGCAAUCUCCUCAAACAGGCGUCGGGUAAGAACCUCAACCUGAAUGAUGAGAGUCAGCAUGGUCUACUGAUGCAGCUACUGAAGCUCAGUCACAACUGUCUGAACUAUGACUUCAUCGGAACUUCCACAGACGAGUCCUCUGAUGACCUCUGCACUGUUCAGAUCCCCACUUCCUGGAGAUCAGCGUUUUUGGAUUCCUCCACUCUCCAGCUCUUUUUUGAUUUGUAUCAUUCCAUCCCUCCCUCCCUCUCCCCGUUGGUGUUGUCGUGUCUAGUCCAGAUAGCAUCAGUGAGGAGGUCUCUGUUCAACAACGCAGAGCGAGCCAAGUUCCUCUCUCACCUGGUGGAUGGAGUCAAGAGGAUACUAGAGAACCCACAGAGCCUCUCAGACCCUAACAACUACCAUGAGUUUUGUCGUCUGUUGGCGCGACUGAAAAGUAACUACCAGCUGGGAGAGCUGGUCAAAGUAGAAAACUACCCAGAAGUCAUCAGGCUUAUAGCCAACUUCACUGUCACCAGUCUACAGCACUGGGAGUUUGCCCCUAACUCUGUCCACUACCUGUUGAGCCUGUGGCAGCGCCUGGCAGCGUCUGUCCCUUACGUUAAAGCCACCGAGCCUCACCUGCUAGAGACAUACACACCUGAAGUCACCAAGGCCUACAUCACCUCACGCCUCGAGUCUGUCUGCAUCAUACUCAGGGAUGGGUUAGAGGACCCUCUAGAUGACGCAGGGUUAGUCCAGCAGCAGUUAGACCAGCUCUCCACCAUCGGUCGCUGUGAAUACGAGAAGACCUGUGCCCUAUUGGUCCAGCUCUUCGACCAAUCAGCACAGACCUACCAGGAACUACUGCAGUCUACCAACUCUAGUACCAUCGACAUCACUGUCCAGGAGGGGAGGUUAACAUGGUUGGUGUAUAUAAUUGGGGCGGUCAUUGGAGGAAGAGUGUCCUUCGCCUCUACAGAUGAACAAGACGCCAUGGACGGAGAACUAGUCUGUCGGGUGCUCCAGUUGAUGAACCUAACAGACUCGCGGCUGGCCCAGGCGGGUAACGAGCGGUUGGAGUUGGCCAUGCUCAGCUUCUUUGAACAGUUCAGGAAAAUCUACAUCGGCGACCAGGUGCAAAAGUCCUCCAAGCUGUACCGGCGGCUGUCAGAGGUUCUGGGGCUGAAUGAUGAGACCAUGGUACUCAGCGUCUUCAUUGGAAAAAUCAUCACCAAUCUGAAGUACUGGGGCCAGUGUGAACCAAUCACUUCCAAGACACUUCAGUUACUCAAUGACCUCUCCAUAGGGUACAGCAGUGUGAGGAAGUUGGUGAAACUCAGCGCUGUUCAGUUCAUGCUGAACAACCACACAAGCGAGCACUUCUCCUUCCUGGGCGUGAACAACCAAUCAAACCUCAGCGACAUGAGGUGUCGCACCACGUUCUACACCGCACUGGGACGCCUGCUGAUGGUCGACCUAGGUGAGGAUGAGGACCAGUUUGAACAAUUCAUGCUUCCCCUAACGGCGGCGUUUGAAGCAGUGGCUCAGAUGUUCAGCACCAACACAUUCAACGAGCAGGAGGCGAAGAGGACGUUGGUAGGACUGGUCAGAGACCUGAGAGGUAUCGCUUUUGCCUUCAACGCCAAGACCAGCUUUAUGAUGCUCUUCGACUGGAUCUACCCAGCCUACAUGCCCAUCCUGCAGAGAGCUAUAGAGCUCUGGUACCACGUACCAGCAUGCACCACUCCUGUCCUAAAGCUCAUGGCUGAGCUAGUCCACAACAGCCAGACAGCUGCUCUGCAAGGGGAGAGGAAAGAGCCAACAAGCUGGGUGUCAUCUUUCAGUCAACGGUCACAGAGGUUACAAUUUGAUGUGUCAUCACCCAACGGAAUCCUGCUUUUCAGAGAAACCAGCAAGAUGAUCACCACCUAUGGUAACCGUAUCCUGACCAUUGGGGAGGUGCCUAAGGACCAGAUGUACAGUGUGAAGCUGAAGGGUGUCAGUGUGUGUUUCUCCAUGCUCAAGGCUGUGCUCUCUGGGAACUAUGUCAACUUCGGGGUGUUCCGUCUCUAUGGAGAUGACGCACUGGACAACGCACUACAGACCUUCAUCAAACUGCUGCUGUCCAUACCACACAGCGACCUGCUGGACUAUCCCAAGUUGAGCCAGUCGUUCUACAGUCUGUUGGAGGUGUUGACUCAGGAUCACAUGAACUUCAUUGCUUCUCUAGAACCGCAUGUCGUCAUGUACAUACUGUCAUCUAUCUCCGAGGGACUCACUGCACUGGAUACUAUGGUGUGUACUGGGUGUUGUUCCAGUCUGGACCAUAUCGCCACCUACCUGUUCAAACAGCUGUCUCGCUCCACUAAGAAACGGCCUGUUGCCAUGGCAACAGACGAACGCUUCCUACACAUCAUGCAGCAACACCCAGAGAUGAUCCAACAGAUGCUGUCCACAGUGUUGAACAUCAUCAUCUUUGAGGACUGCAGGAACCAGUGGUCCAUGUCCAGACCUCUACUGGGCCUCAUCCUGCUCAACGAGAAGGUACAGUAUUUUGCAGACCUGAGGAACAGCAUUGUGAACAGCCAGCCUCCAGAAAAGCAGCAGGCCAUGCAUCUCUGCUUUGAGAACCUGAUGGAGGGGAUAGAACGCAACCUGCUAACCAAGAACAGAGACAGGUUCACCCAGAACCUCUCGGUGUUCCGGAGGGAGGUGAACGACAGCAUGAAAAACUCUUCAUACGGAGUCAACACCAAUGACAUGAUGAGCUGACAUUCCACACACGCACACCUGCUCCACACAGAGCAGCUUCCCAAAACUCAACCCCCUCCACUCCUCCUCUCACCCCUCUUCCUCUUCUCACCCCCUCUUCCUCUCCCUUGUGGUUCCACCCCCCUUUUUAUAGAAGCCUAUAUAAAUAUACAGACCUAUUUUAAAGCCAGUCUGUAGAGGUCACCCUGCUACUCGCUGGGAGGAGAGGAGGAUGAGGAUAUCUCUACACACUCUGGAGGGAGAGAAUCUGCUGGGGGGAUGAAGGUGAAAAGGGAGAAGCCGGUAAAUGUAGUUCUCUGCUUCUGCCUGCCUUGUAUAGAAACACAACAAAUCAAGUGUACAUUUUUUUUCAUAACAUUUUGAACAAUGUUUAUAUUGAUUGAAUUUAAAACACAAAAUGAGAAAUGUGUGAUUGAACUUUUUACAGUGUAGUGAGUCAGUGCACCUGUCUGUCUGUGUGUGGGGGGAAAAAACUUUCUACGGGGGAUGAGAGGAGCGAGAAAGUAGAGAGCACUAGAGCUGUGAAGGGGUAGAGACAAAGAGAGUGAGAAACUGUCCAUUUUGCACAUUUUCCUCUGGCCCUCUGAUUUGAGUGAUGUAAAUACCCACCACUGUUACUCCCUAGGCACUGCCCCUAGACACCACCUUUACUCUCUAUGCACUGUCCAAAGCCCCUAGACACCACCUUUAGCCCCUAGACAUUUAAGCCUAGAAAAUAAUUGGUUGGGUGUAGGUGUGGGGCAGGGUUAUGGGAGUAGGUUUGGGUUAAGGUCAUGCUCCACUUUACCCUCUGGUAGGCUGGUUGGAGCUGACACUAACCUCAGGGGAGUCGGUUGGGUUAGGGGAGAGUGAAGUGUCUCAGCAUGCUAGCUAGUGUGUAGGGGUCACAGAUCUGAUAACAGAAAGGAGCGUGGCUGCAGUCUAUCUCUGGAGUAGGUGUGACUCAGAGUGUGUGUGUGCGCGCGUGGCCUCUCGUGGUGCUGUAAAGGAGCGGUGCGCUCCAGACAGAACCUUCCAGGACAUUCUAGAACGUUCAGCUCUCGUUUCCGAGCUCCCUGAAGGAUAGUUUAUUUCUAAUUGAGAAACUAAAGAAGAAUGCAACCUUUUGUAGAACAGAGAGCUGUGUAUUACAGGGAAAUGGGUGGUAAGAAAAAGACAGAACUGUGUAUUAAAGAGAUGUGGGUUCAGAGUUCAUUAGCAACUUGUGCUACUCUACAGGUGUUGCUGCUAACUGUUUGUGACAACUAGCUCAUCUCUAACAAUGUUGAUUUGACUUCCUGGUUUAUUGUUUUGGUUCCCUAAAGUGUGUGUGUGUGUGUGUGUGUGUGUGUGUGUGUUGGAUCGGUACCUUGGUUCUCUGAUGUGAGUGUGUGUUGGAUCGGUAGUUUGGUUGAGUUGUGUGGAUGUCUGCUACAUAUUAUAGUGUCGGCAUUGUGACUGCAAAUAAACGUUAUUUGGUUUGUA